AUGGAGUUUGAGCUGGAGAAGGACGAUGACGUUGUGAACCUGGAACUGGGGCUGGAGCCGUCGUCGAUGCCGCAGCCGGAGCGUGUCUUCCGGUGCACCUACUGCCAGAGGAAGUUCCACAGCUCGCAGGCGUUGGGCGGCCACCAGAACGCGCAUAAGCUGGAGCGGAGCCUGGCGAAGAGGAACCGGGAGGUGAGCUUGGCCAUGCGGUCUCACGCUGUCGGCCAGAUCCAGACCGUGGUGGCCUCCACCAGCUUGGAUGGCCGGUUUGUGAGGAAGGAGGAGGCGGUCACCUUGACGCCGUGGACACGCGGAGGCGCCGACGGCAAAGGACGCGGCGGUGGUGCCGACGACAAAGCAGGGAUCGCCGGUGACAUCGACUUAUCUCUGAGACUAUGA